UUCACGUUGCACCCAUGCGAGGACGCGCAGACUCAAUCUCAGCUCGGAGCGCGACACUUAUAGUCAGCUUGGCUAUAUAAGUCCAUUCAGCAUCUACUCUUAAAGUAACUAUAUACUUGUUUCUUCAAAGGAGGUGAAGUAGGAGCAUCUCGCCAACUACCUGGCAACCUACCCGGCUGUACUGGACCUCCUCUAAAGACUGAAGAUUCCUGUUGAUAUCCUGACAUGAAGCUCAAUUUACUUGGUACCACCGUGAUUCUGCUUGUUGCCUUCUUGCCGCGCUACGAAUGUCGGGCUAUUGACAGCCCUGGCGGUGCACUGCGCGUCCUUGCUCCCCAAACCCAGAACUCCCAGCAGCAGCAGCAGUCGGGUCCCAUCCUGGAGCGGCUCGGAGAGGAGUUCUUCGUCCGACUGGGCAACGGGGACUCUAACUCUUUCCCAUCCUCGUCCAUGUAUCCCGCCGAGUCGCCUGCCAUCUACAACAGAGCCCUGCAACUCCAGCUGACGCGGCGUCUUUUACAAAGGAAAGUUGGGAACAUCAGGGCGCUCAUAGGCGGCUUCGAGGACCGCGGCGACGACUCGAUGGAGAGGGGCAGGAGGUCCGAUGACCCGCCGAUAUCCCUGGAUCUGACCUUCCACCUGCUCCGGGAGAUGAUGGAGAUGUCCCGGAAGGAACAGAUGGCUCAGCAGGCGCAAAAUAACAGAAGAAUGAUGGAGCUCUUCGGGAAAUGAAGAGCUCCUUCCAGUCCGCCAAAGAUCUCUUCUCCCUUUCUUUUAGUUUUGAAAUUUUGUUUUUUUUCUUGCUUUUUUUGCCAUCAGCACAAAACAUGCUCUGUACAAUAUAGUGCUGCUGUAUCACUCUAUUAUUUAAAGCUUUAACCUCAAACUAUGGAGCAUAAACGGGCUUGAGUCAUAAUGAUCCGAUUGUACCCUGCCAUUUUAAUGUUGGUGUCAAAUCUGUAGAAUCGCACCGGUCUCCAUAUCUGAGAUGAAACAGCCAGAUAGUUUGAGACAUGGAAUACUGCAUUAGCAAAAUUGGAUUAUGGAUCACUGUAUUUAUGAUAUUUAUGUUUGUUAAUAAACUUAUGUGCAACCAGUCAUUUUCUGUUGUGCAAGAGA